AUGAUUGACCCAAUAGAUGCUACCCAAUCAGCACUUACAAUCCAAAUGGAGGAAGAUGGGUCUACCUCAGAACCUGAACAUAGUGAGGACUUCGGGGAUCACAAAAAUGUCUUUGAAUGUCACGUGAAUUCUGUGACGGAUCUUGAAGAGCAGUUGUGUGAUAUUUAUGGACGAGAAUUUGAUGGUCAAGAGGAGUCUGAUGAAGACCCAAGUGAGGGGGCAAUCAUUGAAGAAGAGGAUGACGACGACAACGAGGAGGACGAGAAUGAAGGUGAUAAUGAUGGAGAUGACUCUGAUUCUCAAGAGGAUGAUAAGUAUUCAGACUGGGGAGAAUUUGAUGGUCAAGAGGAGUCUGAUGAAGACCCAAGUGAGGGGGAAAUCAUUGAAGAAGAGGAUGACGACGACGACGAGGAGGACGAGAAUGAAGGUGAUAAUGAUGGAGAUGACUCUGAUUCUCAAAAGGAUGAUAAGUAUUCAGACUGGGGUGACUACCAAGGGCCUUGGUACAAUAAUAAUGAUUAUGAGUCAGAAUAUUAUUCACCAGUUCACCAGUCUUCCCUCUACAUGGGAGGAGAUGAUUCUACAUCAGAGUCAGAAAAUGAGAAAUUUGGAGACCCGACACAAGUUCAUAUGGUUGAACGGGACUCCGCAUUAGAAAUAGAAGAAAAGUUGUAUGAAGUGCACUCAAACACAUUGAGGAUGCAAGAAAGAGUAGAAGAAACUGACAACAUGCUGGAUGAAGUAACUAUCGGUGAUCAUUACUACCAUGAGGAGCUAAAUGAUCUGGAGGAAAUAGGGUCAGACGACACAUUCACAGAGGCAGUAGAUGCCAUAUUUCAAUAG